AGUUCAUAACUAAACGCAAACGCAAAAUCGCUGCGCUAAUGUCAGAGCCAACGUUAUAAUAACAUUGUAAAUAACCUACAAAAAGCACAAUAACACUACACUUUAGAAUAAUUAGUUGCCUGCCUGCUUGAAAAUCAUCUAAUUUAGCUAUGGCAAGCACAGGUCCUUUCUCAAGCAGUACAGCGUUUUGUGCGCGAUGUGGUUCGAUUCUGCCUCUCUUACAAGAGUUUGGUUCAGUCAAGUGUUAUGCUUGUAAAGCCUCAUUUGAUGCUGAAAAUUUUAACAAUCUUAAAUUUAACUACACAAUACAAUUCAAUGCGGUCACAACUGUUAAUAACGAAAAUAUAUUAAAUAGCGAUGGGCCUGAGGGACCCGUUGUGGAGCGGAAGUGUCCUAAAUGUGGUAAUGACCGAAUGUCAUACGCUACACUACAGUUGAGGUCUGCUGAUGAAGGGCAGACAGUGUUCUACACAUGUAUAUCUUGCAAAUACAAGGAGACAGAAAAUUCAUGAAGAAAAUGUAUUUCAUGUCGUAAAUGUAAGGUUACUGUAAAUAGUCAUUUUAAAUAUAUUUUUAACCAUA